AAGGUUCGUCUUCUUAUCAUAUUUCCAAAGAAGGACCAGUGAGAGCCCUGGAAGAGAGAUGGACUUUUUUUAGAAGAAACGCGGAUGCAGACCAUCGAAGAGACUUCGCUCUGAAGCUGCGAUUUUCGCGCGCUUUGGCGCAGGUGGUUGUGGGUAGCGCGCCUAGGAGGGAGAAAGGAGUGGGGGGCUUGUGAUCCCGCCGCCCGCGGGACCUGAGAAGAUGUUCGAGGACGACCCCCACGACGAGGGGGCGGCGGUGGUCGCUGCUGCCGGGGAGGCGCUGCAGGCCUUGUGCCAGGAGCUGAACCUGGACGAGGGGAGCGCCGCCGAAGCCCUGGACGACUUCACCGCCAUCAGGGGCAACUACAGCCUAGAGGGAGAAGUUAUACACUGGUUGGCAUGUUCAUUAUAUGUUGCAUGCCGCAAAAGCAUUAUUCCCACAGUUGGAAAGGGUAUCAUGGAAGGAAAUUGCGUUUCACUUACCAGAAUACUACGCUCAGCUAAAUUAAGUUUAAUACAGUUUUUUAGUAAAAUGAAGAAAUGGAUGGACAUGUCAAACCUGCCACAAGAAUUUCGUGAACGUAUAGAAAGACUAGAAAGAAAUUUUGAGGUGUCUACUAUAAUUUUCAAAAAAUUUGAGCCAAUUUUUUUAGAUAUAUUUCAAAAUCCACAUGAAGAAACACCAAAGUUACCACGAAGCAGGAAGCAGAGGAGGACUCCUUGCACUGUUAAGGAUCUCUUUAAUUUCUGUUGGACACUCUUUGUUUAUACUAAGGGUAAUUUUCGUAUGAUUGGAGAUGAUUUAGUAAACUCUUAUCAUUUACUUCUGUGCUGCUUGGAUCUGAUUUUUGCCAAUGCCAUUAUAUGCCCAAAUAGACGAGACUUGCUAAAUCCAUCAUUUAAAGGUUUGCCAUCUGAUUUUCACACUGCUGACUUCAGGGCUCCUGAAGAGCCUCCCUGCAUCAUUGCUGUACUGUGUGAACUGCACGAUGGACUUCUAGUAGAAGCAAAAGGAAUAAAGGAACACUACUUUAAGCCAUAUAUUUCAAAACUCUUUGACAGGAAGAUUUUAAAAGGAGAAUGCCUCCUGGAUCUUUCUAGUUUUACUGAUAAUAGCAAAGCAGUGAACAAGGAGUAUGAAGAAUACGUUUUAACUGUUGGUGAUUUUGACGAGAGGAUAUUUUUGGGAGCAGAUGCAGAAGAGGAAAUUGGAACUCCUCGAAAAUUCACUGGUGACACCCCACUAGGGAAACUGACGGCACAGGCUAAUGUGGAGUGUAACCUGCAGCACCACUGCGAAAAAAAAUCAUUUGCACCAUCUACCCCACUGACAGGACGGCGAUAUUUACGAGAAAAAGAAGCAGCCAUUACUCCUGUUGCGUCAGCCACUCAGAGUGUGAGCCGGCUGCAGAGCAUUGUGACUGGGCUGAAAAAUGCACCCAGUGAACAACUUGUAAAUAUUUUCGAAUCUUGUAUGCGUAAUCCUAUGGAAAAUAUUAUGAAAGUAGUGAAAGAAAUAGGAGAGACUUUCUGUCAACACUACACUCAAUCAACAGAUGAGCAACCAGGAUCUCACAUAGACUUUGCUGUAAACAGACUAAAGCUUGCAGAAAUUUUGUAUUAUAAAAUAUUAGAGACUGUAAUGGUUCAGGAAACACGAAGACUUCAUGGAGUGGACAUGUCAGUUCUUCUAGAGCAAGAUAUAUUUCAUCGUUCCUUGAUGGCUUGUUGUUUGGAAAUUGUGCUCUUUGCCUAUAGUUCACCUCGUACUUUUCCCUGGAUUAUUGAGGUUCUCAAUUUGCAGCCAUUUUAUUUUUAUAAGGUUAUUGAGGUGGUGAUCCGCUCAGAGGAGGGGCUUUCCAGGGACAUGGUGAAACAUCUGAACAGCAUCGAGGAACAGAUUUUGGAGAGUUUAGCAUGGAAUCACAGUUCUGCACUAUGGGAGGCUCUCCAAGCUUCUGCAAACAAAGUUCCUACUUGUGAAGAAGUUAUAUUUCCAAAUAACUUUGAAACAGGAAAUGGGGGAAAUAUACAGGGACAUCUUCCCAUGAUGCCAAUGUCUCCUCUAAUGCAUCCAAGGGUAAAAGAAGUUCGGACAGACAGCGGAAGUCUUCGAAGGGAUAUGCAACCAUUGUCUCCAAUUUCUGUUCAUGAACGCUACAGUUCUCCUACUGCAGGAAGUGCUAAGAGAAGACUUUUUGGGGACGACCCCCCAAAGGAAGUGCUUAUGGACAGGAUUAUAACAGAAGGAAAAAAGUUGAAAAUUGCUCCUUCUUCAAGCAUUACAGCUGAAAACAUAUCAAUUUCACCUGGGCAAAGUCUUUUAACAAUGGCCACAGCCAUAGUGACGGGGACAACAGGACAUAAAGUUACAAUCCCAUUGCAUGGUAUUGCAAAUGAUGCUGGGGAGAUCACACUGAUACCAAUUUCCAUGAACACAACUCCAGAGUCCAGAGUUGAGAGUCCUGUAUCACUUACUGCUCAGUCAUUAAGUGGUGCUUCUCCAAAACAAACUCAUCUGACUAAAGCACAAGAGGUACAUCCAGCCGGACUAAGCAGACCAAAGAGAACUGGAUCCUUAGCACUCUUUUAUAGAAAGGUCUAUCACUUGGCAAGUGUACGCUUACGUGAUUUAUGUUUAAAACUGGAUGUUUCAAAUGAGUUACGAAGGAAGAUAUGGACGUGUUUUGAAUUCACUUUAGUUCACUGCCCUGACCUAAUGAAAGACAGACAUUUGGAUCAGCUCCUGCUUUGUGCCUUUUACAUCAUGGCAAAGGUAACAAAAGAAGAAAGAACUUUUCAAGAAAUAAUGAAAAGUUAUAGGAAUCAGCCCCAAGCUAAUAGUCAUGUCUACAGAAGCGUAUUGCUGAAAAGUAUUCCAAGAGAAGUUGUGGCUUACGAUAAAAAAAUAAAUGGUGAUUUUGAAAUGACAGAUUGUGACUCGGAAGAUGGUACAAAAACACCUGAUUGUUCCAGUGUGCCAGUGAGAGAGGAAAGAGGCGAUCUUAUCAAAUUUUACAACACAGUGUAUGUAGGAAGAGUGAAGUCGUUUGCAUUGAAGUAUGACUCAUCAAAUCAGGACCAUACGAUGGAAGCUCCACCACUCUCUCCUUUCCCAUAUAUUAAGCAGCAGCCAGGCUCACCACGCCGAAUUUCCCAGCAGCACUCCAUCUAUAUUUCCCCACACAAGAACGGGUCGGGCCUUACCCCAAGGACCGCUCUGCUGUAUAAGUUCAAUGGCAGCCCUUCUAAGAGUCUGAAAGACAUCAACAACAUGAUAAGGCAAGGUGAACAGAGAACCAAGAAGCGAGCAAUAGCCAUUGAUGGUGAUGCAGAAUCACCUGCCAAACGCCUCUGUCAAGAAAAUGACGAUGUUUUGCUCAAAAGACUACAGGAUGUUGUCAGUGAAAGGGCAAAUCAUUAGUGCCUUCCCUGUUUCUGUGAUCAUAGCACUUUCAGGUUGUUUUGCAGAAAGUUGGGGCUCUGUCCUUCAAAACACUGAGCCCUGUAGAUGGUAAAUAUCACUGAGUUAAAAGAAAAACUGGAAGUGGGGGGGGGG